AUGAAGCUUCUAAUUUUUCUAUUGUUGCUUUUGGAGACUACGGUAGCCCUACCGGUACCGAUAGUCAAGGAUCCCAGAGCUAGAAUUGUGGCGGAUCUCGAUAUCAUCUAUGUAGAAUGGCAAUCUGGACCUCAACCGCAAAAUACCAUGUACACGAUUCGUCACAAGACGGGAUCGGAUCAGGUGGCCUGGAAGUACAUCAAAACAGGCGAAUCCAAUGUGCGCAUCCCAUUAGGCACGUAUGCUGAUGGAGAUGCUGUUCACAUUCAGAUAAAAACCGAGAGAGGAGCUCAAGUCGUAGAGAAUUGGACGAAGGAAAUUGUUGUGAACGUGGCUAAAAAGAGCGUUCGGUCUGCUCCGUUCCGACCUGUUGCUCUGGCUGCACCAGCAGCACCAGCUGCUCAACCAGCUCCGGCAGCUCCGGCAGCACCAGCGGCUCCUCAGCCCAAUCAGCAUGCUAAUCAGCACGCUAAUCAACACCACGCUCACCAACACCACCAACACACAGCUCCUCAACAUCCUCAACAUGCUCACGCUCCACCUCAGGCGGCACCGCUAGUACAUGCUUCAGGAGCACUUGUGCCACCACUUCACUUCACCGCUAACAUCAUGAAUCCGACUACGGUACAACUGAGCUGGCAGCCAGCGAUGCCGGGAAGACAAGAUAUCUACUACUUGGUGAAUGUGAAGCAAUUAACUACCGCAUCAGGAAGUACGCUGCAAAAUCAACAGAUAAAAACCGCCGCUACAAGCUUCACAUUGGGAAAAAUGAUUGCCGGUGAAAAAUACGAAAUGACUAUCAGAAGUGCUACCAGCCAAGAUACGGUAUCUGGAACGGCGUCAAUUGUGGAAAUCACUAUGCCUAGAGAAGACGACUACUUUGAAAUUGGAAAUCUCAUCAUCAGCUCUCACUUCCGUACUCCAACUCAAGGAAUCGUGAAUUUGACUUGGGAAGUUCCGCCAACAAUGGCAAACAGGAUUGCUUCCUACAACGUCGAGUACGCCGAGACAGGCAACAACCGAUACUGGCAGAAGAUUCAAUUCCACGGUGCAUCAUCGUCUGCGGCUUUGCACCAUUUGAAAAGCAACACCGAAUAUCUGCUACGAAUCAAAACAGCGCUUGUCAACAACAUUGUCACUGAAAGCGGACAAUUCAGAUUCCGAACACCACGAGUGGAAACAAAUCCAAUCCACAAGGUAGACGUUAUCUACUCUCACGAUGUGAACUCAGUCAAAUUGCAAUGGAUGCUCGAACCACACAUCCGACCGGAAAACGUGGCGGGCUAUGAUGUGUAUUUGAGUCAGGAUAAGGAUUUACCGGAUUCACAAUGGAAAUUGGUCCGUUUGAACAACAAAGAAUCGCACCUCUCACUGGAAGACCUCAAAAGCUCCACAGUGUAUUUUGUCCGAGUGAAUGUGCGUAAUACGGACGGCUCGGUGAUUCGCGCCCCAUCAGUUUAUAGAUUCAAGACAAUUGACAAUACCGAUGAGGAGGAAUUCGAGGGGAACUCGCUGGCAUACCGUAAUGUUGCACCAGGAGAAGUGGAAAUUCGUUGGACAUUCCCGAAGAGUAUACUGGACAGCGUCAUUGGUGCUACUAUUUUGUACACAAACCGCAAGGAUUUGACACCGGAGCAGUGGCAGAAAAUCGAAAUUGAAGACUCGAAAAAUACUACGGUGUUGCUCAAGAAUUUGCAAGAAGGGGUACGGUACUCGGUACAAAUCAUUCCACGUCUCUACACCGGGGAUUAUGACUUUGAGUCACGGGAGCUGUUUGAGUUCAAAACGGACAAAAUGAGUUCUCGUGAUGUUAAUCAUGGAACCGAUGUCCGAACGCUCACACCCCACGGACAUCCGUUAGCAAGUCCACAUUUUGAGCAAAUGUCACACUCGGAAACCGAGUUUAUGAGAAUUGUGAGCUGCAACCCGGAUGAGAUAAAGUCUGGAUGCGCUUGGGAUGAAAUUUGCAUUAAUCGAGUCGAGGAUCGUAACAAAGGAUGGUGCAUUUCGAACACUCUCCGCGACAGCAUCUUGAAUUCUUGA